CAAAGAAAAAUGUUGACGAUGUUGACCAAUAAUGUUGACAUACAUGUUUGACAUUUAGUGUGACACGAGUAUUGGAAAUACGUUUCUGUGCUAUCAUAUUUUUCAAUGGAAUAAAAAACUAAUAUUUUUUAAAAAUUAAACAAAAAAAAUGGUUUUGCCAGGCAAUGGAAUUUUUAUUGUAAGGGGCGAAUUGUCUGUUCUCAUGACAGCAAUGAAAAGGGGUGUAAGAUGGUCAUCACACUCGUAUCAAGAGGGUGAAAUGGACAACCUCGUUAAAUCCCUUCAGGACCUUAAAGUAUUAUUGAAUAAAUUGGAAGAUUUAAAAACCGUAGACCCUGUAGUUUUUGUCAAUCCUUUUUUGGAUGUUAUUCGAUCUGAAGACACAUCAGGACCUGUUACCAGUUUAGCUUUGAUGGCUAUUAAUAAAAUUAUAUCAUAUGGAAUUCUUGAUUCAACCCAUCACAACAUAGCACUUGUGGUAGACAAUAUUGCAGAUGCUGUUACACAUGCCAAAUUUGUGGGAACUGAUCAAUCUUCUGAUGGUGUAGUUUUAAUGAAAAUUAUUCAAGUUCUCAGAACAUUAACCCUUUCAACUGAAGGCGUAUCACUUACAAAUGAUAGUUUGUGUGAAAUAAUGUUGGCAUGUUUUAGGAUUUGUUUUGAAACAAGAUUAAGUGAGUUAUUAAGAAGAACUGCAGAAUUAUAUUUAAAAGACAUGGUCCAAUUAGUUUUUAUGAGACUUCCUGAAUUUCCUGAAGAUUUGAAACCUAGUAAUAUAAAACAUUUAAAAAUGAAAGCAGGUGUUAUGGAGUCAAGUCGUACUAAAAGGAAAAACAAAACUAAAAAAAUAUCAAAUACAAGUGCUCCAACAGUCGACAAAAACAGUGACGAUUUGGUUAAUUUUACAUACACUACAAAGGUGGACGAUAACACCAAUAAAAACAAUAUUGUUGAUAUGCAAGGAUCAAUAUCUCAGGAUGAUAAAAUUAAAGAAAUUGAAAAAGAAACUAAGGGGUGUGAAGAGAUGCCCAAUAAAGAAGAAGAAAGAAGUGCAUCUAAUCUAGAGGUUGAAACUAUAGGAGUAACUAAUGAAGAAGUAGAAGUUAAUUCAAGUAGUGUAACAUUAGACACAAAUUUAAAUCAAGUAAAUUCCAUUGUUAUUCCAACGGAACAAAUUCAAGAAAAGCAAGAUGAGGAAUAUGUGAAUUAUAGGGGCAUUAGAUUUACCCCUCAACAGGAAGAGAGUUUCGUUUUACUUCCUUAUGGCCUUGCAUGUAUUAGGGAAAUGUUUCGAUUUCUUAUUUCACUGUGCAACCCUUUGGAUAAACAAAAUACAGACACUAUGAUACAUUUGGGGUUGUCGCUACUUACUGUAGCAUUUGAAGUGGGCGCCGAUAAUAUCGGAAAAUACGAAAGUCUCUUAGUUUUAGUGAAAAACAAUCUAUGUCGAAAUUUGAUUUCGCUCUUGCAUACAGAAAGAAUAUCAAUAUUUGCAGUUAAUUUGCAAGUUUCAUUUCUGAUGUUUGAAUCCUUGCGAAUUCAUCUCAAAUUCCAACUAGAGCUAUAUCUCACAAAACUAAUCGAAAUGAUUACUAGCGAUGCCAUUAAAGUUACCUAUGAACAUCGAGAAUUGGCAUUAGAUUACAUUGUUCAACUGUGGAGGAUACCAGGUUUCGUCACGGAAUUGUACGUGAAUUACGAUUGCAGUAUGUACUGUUCAAACCUAUUCGAGGACUUGACAAAAUUAUUGGCGAAAAACGCUUUUCCGACUGUAUCCGGUGUUUAUCACACCCACCUUUUAUCUUUGGACACGCUUUUGACUGUUAUAGAGAAUAUUGAAAAUCAUUGUAUCGAAGCGACAAAACUAAAAUUUGAACGGAACAAUUGCUUAAAUCAUAAUGAGGAAGUGGAAACGUUACCAUCUGACAUUUUAGAGAUAACUACGUCUAGGCAAAAAAUAUCAAAAAAUGUGCCUACAAAAGAGGAAUUAAUGGCAGUCAAGAAUAUAAAAAAGGUAAAUUCUUUUGAUUAUCACAUCCACUAAUACUUGAUUGAUUUU